UACAGAUUGUCCUAUAAUCACCUGACAGACAGUUCCCUGCCCCCACCUGGCAUCUGGAAUAAGAAAUAACCCGACACUGAGGACACUGGACCUGUCUGAUAACAAUCUGGAGGGUCCUCAUUUCAGGGAUCUGAUGGCGGCUCUGACAACAAGCCGGAUAGAGAAAUUACAAUUGGAUAAUAAUCACCUGACAGACAGUUCCUGCCCCCACCUGGCAUCUGGAAUAAGAAAAUAACCCGACACUGAGGACACUGGACCUGUCUGGGAACACGCUGGAGGGUCCUCAAUUCAGGGAUCUGAUGGCGGCUCUGACAACAAGCCGGAUAGAGGAAUUACAAUUGUAUGAUACUCACCUGACAGACAGUUCCUGCCCCCACCUGGGAUCUGGAAUAAGAAAUAACCCGACACUGAGGACACUGAACCUGUCUGGGAACAAUCUGGAGGGUCCUCAUUUCUGGGAUGUGAUGGCGGCUCUGACAACAAGCCGGAUAGAGGAAUUACAAUUGUAUGAUACUCACCUGACAGACAGUUCCUGCCCCCACCUGGCAUCUGGAAUAAGAAAUAACCCGACACUGAGGACACUGAACCUGUCUGGGAACAAUCUGGAGGGUCCUCAUUUCAGGGAUCUGAUGGCGGCUCUGACAACAAGCCGGAUAGAGGGAUUACAAUUGUCCUCUAAUCACCUGACAGACAGUUCCUGCCCCCACCUGGUUCCUGGAAUAAGAAAUAACCCGACACUGAGGACACUGAACCUGUCUGGGAACAAUCUGGGGGGUCCUCAUUUCAGGGAUCUGAUGGCGGCUCUGACAACAAGCCGGAUAGAGGAAUUACAGUUGUCCUCUAAUCACCUGACAGACAGUUCCUGCCCCCACCUGGCAUCUGGAAUAAAAAAUAAACCCGACACUGAGGACACUGGACCUGUCUAUGAACAAUCUGGAGGGUCCUCAUUUCUGGGAUAUGAUGGCGGCUCUGACAACAAGCCGGAUAGAGGAAUUACAAUUGUCCUAUAAUGACCUGACAGACAGUUCCUGCCCCCACUGGCAUCUGGAAUAAGAAAUAACCCGACACUGAGGACACUGAACCUGACUGGGAACAAUCUGGAGGGUCCUCAUUUCAGUGAUCUGCUGGCGGCUCUGAAAACAAGCCGGAUAGAGAAAUUCCAGUGAGUAUAACAGGACUGACUG